CUCAGAGUUCAUUCCUUUCACCUCAUUUCUCCACAUCUGUGUGAAAUGGUAGAGAAGAAGAUGAACUCUCUGGUAAAAUGGGUGCUCAUCCUUUUUUUCCUCAUCUCGCUCAUUCUGAACAUAGUCCUGAUCGGCAUUUACUCGGGGAGGUUGCCCAAAUGUUCCACACAGCGUGCACACCCGCUGCGGCGCGAGCAUGACGAGCGCAGCCUAAUUUUCGCAGAUCUCACCCUUGAGGAGUAUUUAGAAGUCCAACAAUUCAUGCUCAAGCAAGGUUUAGACAUAUCCACCAACCAGAUCACCAAACCCUCGGAGAACUUCUUGUUCCUGAUAGAGCUCUCACCUCCAAAGAAAGCGGAUGCUCUGGCUUUCUUGGACAGAAAAGGCCAAAAGCCGAGAAGAGAAGCGACGGUGGUGGUUUUCUUCGGCGCAAAAAACUUAAUCAGAGAGUACGUUGUGGGGCCCCUUCCCCACCCCAACUACCUCAGAGAUAUAACCUUUGACCGCUACGGGAUGAGUCUGACCCUCAGCAAGCGCCUGGUAACCAUCGGGGAGUACCACCUGAUGUUUGACUUCUUCCAGAGGGAAGUCUUCUCCAAGCUGGAGAAGCUCCUGAAGGAGAGCUUCGGCGUGGGUCCAGACAGACAACUGAACGCGUUUGAACAGAUGCCCCGUGGAGUCCGGUCCGGGGACAGGAAGACCUGGGUGUCUUUCUUCAGAGACAUGAGCGGGAUGUACAUACACCCGGUGGGCUUCGAGGUUCUGCUGAACCACGAGAGCCCGAACGCGUCCCAGUGGAGCGUGGACCGGCUGCUGUAUAACGGUAAAUACUUCCAGUCUGUGGAUGAGCUGAGAGGUGAAUAUGACAAGGGAAAUGUUAAGAAAAUAGUUUACAAAGAGUCUCGUGAUUAUGGCUCUCUGAAACCCAGGACGAAGCCUCUCCAGAUCGGCCCGCAGCAGUUUUACGCAGAGGGGAAGCGCUACAGUGUCCGGAACAACCAGGUCCUGUACCUGGACUGGAGCUUCGCCUUCGGGCUGAGCUCUCUCACUGGCAUGAGGGUGUUUGAUGUUCGCUUUAAAGAUGAACGGAUCGUCUACGAGCUGAGCGUGCAGGAAGCCAUGUCCGUGUACGGUUCGGUGACGCCUGGGAUGAUCAUGACCAAGUUUCUGGAUUCCAGCAUCGGGAUCGGACGCUUUGCACACGAACUAGUCCGCGGAGUGGACUGUCCAUACGAAGCCACAUAUGUGGACACGUACCGGUACAUCGACGUCCCGGUUCCGGUCCGGUUCCGAAACUCCAUCUGCAUCUUUGAACACAACAUGGGUCAGCCGCUGAGGAGACACUUCUCCGACUUCUUCCACAACAGCUACGGUGGGAUGGCGAACAGCGCGCUGGUGUUCAGGACCAUCACAGCCAUCGGUAACUACGACUACAUGUGGGAUUUCAUCUUCUACCAGAGCGGAUCAGUGGAGGCGAAGGUGCACGCGACCGGAUACAUCUCUUCAUCCUACUUGGUGGAUGGGAGCCUAAAAUACGGACAUCAGGUGGCAGAGAAGGUCCUGGGAAACAUCCACACACACUUCAUCAACUUCAAGGUGGACCUGGACGUAUCUGGUGUGAAGAACGUGUUCCAGACUAAAGACAUGAAGUUUGUUAACGUGUCACUGCCAUGGAUGACGGAUCACUACGCUAUGGUUCCUCAGCUGGUGGAGAAGCAGCUCCAGACAGAACAGGAGGCCGCCCUGCGUUACGACACCAAGACACCUCGCUACCUUCACAUAGCCAGCAACACCACCAACCGCUGGGGUCAUCAGCGCUCCUACAGGCUGCAAGUCUUCACCUUCGCCGGGGACCACUUACCGGAGAGCCAGACUGAAGAGAGGUCCAUGUCCUGGGCCAGGUAUAAGGUUGCCAUUACCAAGCAUAAGGACAUGGAGCAAACCAGCAGCAGUCUUUACAAUCAAAAUGACGUCUGGAGCCCGGCAGUCGACUUCAGCAAGUUUAUUGACGACAAUGAAAGCAUCAUUGAUGAAGACCUGGUUGCCUGGGUGACCACUGGUUUCUUACACAUCCCUCACGCUGAGGACAUCCCCAACACGGUUACAGUGGGAAAUGGGGGUGGGGUCUUGCUGCGACCCCAUAACUAUUUUGAUGAGGACCCGUCCAUUAACUCUGCAGAUGCGGUUCACUUCAGCCCUGGAGCUGAAGACAGCUGUGAUAACAACAGGAUGGCCUGCCUCGCUCAGGAGACCUGCGGCACCGUACGGGAGCCUUUCACCUACCAUGGUUUUAACGGAGUGAUGAAGUUUGAAGACUGGAUUUGAUUUGUUUUUUACUGAUACUUUUGAAGCCGUGAUGACUUUAGAAAUGGUUUAAAGCAAGAUAGAGUGAGUCUGACAUGGCACAUGUAUACUGUGUGUUUAUAGUUUCAUUAAUUUAAUUUAGUAAAUGUUAAAUCAUAAUCUGUUACCCAAACAGGUAAUGCAGAGAUGAUUUAGAUCAUGGUUCACUAAAUUAAGUAUCUAUAAGUAUCUAUCCACUUUAUCAGGUCCACCUUCUAGUACCAGGUAGGACCGCCGACAAUCAUGAAAAGUUCCAAAACAAGAAUCCUCAGGGGUUCCCAACCUUUUUUCCUCCGGGACCACCUUCAUACAUAUACUAAAAUGCCAUGGACCCCUGCUCCACCCUGUGCUGAAACCAUGCUGGUUUUAGGGUUUCAAAAGUAAGAUUCUCACCAUAUAUAAUGUGUUCUGGUUGAGUCCUGUCCUUUGAUAAAGCCAACGUUAACUUUAUUUCCUUAAAAUAGGGGAAAUUUGUGGACAUUAAUCAUAAUGGCUCUAAUGUUCAAAGCCUCAGGGACCCCCUGUGCUCUUUGGGGGGUCCCGGACCCCAGGUUGGGAACCACUGUGA